AUAAUUUGAAAAUUCAAAGGACGUACAAACUUGAUAAAGUUUAAACGCAAUGAUUAAUGAGCUGCGUACGCACAUCAAAAUUUGGUAGAUGUUGACGCAGCUUUUGAACUAAAUAAGAAAACAACAUUGUAACAUCAAUUUUGGGCCAGAAGUGCAUCAUAGCUUGAAGCAAGUGUUUGUGGUGUGAUUCAUCAAAAUGUUUUCAUUAAUCGAUAAAUUAUUUUUUGGUAUGUGGUGGAUUUUAAAAACUGUCUUCACUAUAGACAGGGAAGCACCACUUGUGGUUGAUCUGAUUCUAAGAGGACGUGUGCCUUUACGCAAGUUAAUAUGUUACACGGGAAUUAUCAAUGUGAUAAUGUGUAUAGGAUUGAUUAUAUUACUUUGCCUAUGUCCUGGAUACAUAACGGCUUCUGAAUGGGGAGAGGAAGAUGAUUUCGUGAAGAUGGAUGUUGUAUCGGGUUUUUUUCACGCAGCAAUUAUGAAUGCAGUAUGUUCAAUUAUAGUGGCUCUGAUAUUUGUUUAUGAAGCUUACAAGUCAAAGAUUGAGUGGACAAAACGACUUCUAAUUUUUGGAUAUGCAAAUGGUUUUGCAAUGGGUCCUACAUAUGUGAUAUUUACAUUAAUACUUUAUUUUUACCCAAUACGAAGAAAUGGCGAAAUGCACAAAUAUAUUCUUGAAGUUGUCAUUUCAUCAGUUAUGAACAUGAUAUUCUUACAAGUAGUUGAUCAUUUUAUGGCUGAGGAAGAAGAAAAAAUGUAUGAAGAAGAAGAAAAAAUAAAGGCAGAAAAAGAUAAGAUAAAAGGAGAAGAAGACAAAAUAAAUGGAGAAAAAGAUAAAAUAAAUACAGAAGAGGACAAGAGUUCAACGAUUCAACAAAAUACGACAUCAGAUGAUGUAUCUAAAAAUCCUGAGAUGUCGAUUCGUAAAAGACAACGUGAUAAUGAUACAGAAGAAAGUUGUAUCACUGAGUCAUAAAUGAAUCGGGAUCUUUUGUCUUAAGUAUACUGAUGUGAAUUUGAUGAUUAAGGUAUAAUAUUGUAAAGUACAUGUGACUAAUCAAUAUGAUUUAAAUUGAAUAGUUCAUUCAAAAUG